CAGUUUCGAAAUUUUGUCCCCGCCGUCGUCUUCUUCUGCUCUGUUGUGUGUGUUUUUCGAAGGAAGCAAAUUUUAGACGAAGCAAAGUUUUCUCAAGUUUAAAGUGAAAAUACAGUGUAUUUUAGGGGAAAAAGUGAAUUUAUUUGCUCUUGAUUGUGCGUUGCAGCCGGUGGAACCGAAAAGAGUGUUGACGCCGAAGAAGCUUGAAAGGACAUUCCAUUGACAGAGUGAGUGCGCUGGGCGCAGCUUCGCAGAGAACAAACCAACAGCAGGACGAAGCGAUUUCAUCGCCAUAAUGGCUGACAUUGUUUAUCCUCCCGGGUGUCGACCGAUAAACGAAGAUCUCGGACCGGACGAACUGAUCCGGCGGCUUAAGACGCUGACGCACACGCUGCAAGCGAUGGGCCAGGACGAGGGCAUGUACACCCAGUACAUUCCGCUGGCGGUCCAUAUGGCGGACGAUUACUUCCUGCAGCAUCCGUCGAAGGACGUCCAGCUGCUGAUUGCCUGUUGCAUCGCCGAUGUGCUCCGGGUUUACGCACCGGAAGCCCCCUACAAGGACCAGGACCAGAUCAAGGGGAUAUUCCUGUUCCUGAUCAAGCAGCUUAACGGGUUGAAGGACCCGAAAGACCCCGCCUUCAAGCGGUACUUUUAUCUGCUGGAGAAUUUGGCCUACGUCAAGUCCUUUAACAUGUGUUUCGAGCUCGAAGACUGCCAGGAGAUUUUCUGCACGUUGUUUAGCCUGAUGUUUAAAAUUGUCAAUGACGAGCACAGCAGUAAGGUAAAAUCGUUCAUGUUGGACGUGCUCUGUCCGCUGAUCACCGAGUCGGAUUCCGUCUCGUUCGAUCUGUUGGAUCUGAUUUUCAUCAACAUCGUGGAACCGCUUCGAACUCAGCGGAAAAAUGCCUACCACUUGGCCAAAGAGCUGAUCGUCAAAACGAGCGACACGUUGGAAUCCUAUACGCAGGCCUUUUUCAAUCAGAUCCUCAUCCUGGACAAAUGCGAAAAGCAGUACCAGAUCAUGCCGAAAAUCUACGACGUCAUCUACGAGCUGAAUGUCAUCAGCUCGAGCAUACUGCUGUCGGUUCUGCCCCAGCUGGAAUGUAAGCUCAAGUCUGCACAGGAAACGGAGCGGCUGAAGGCGGUGUCUCUUCUGGCGAGGAUGUUCUCGGAGAAGGAUUCCACCCUGGCCAAGCAGUACGGUCCCCUGUGGCGGCAGUUCCUGGGACGGUUUUACGAUAUUGCCGUUCCGAUUAGGAUCAAGUGCGUGCAGAGCACCAUGCACUUCCUGCUGAAUCAUCCGAAUCUCAGGAAGGAUAUCAUCGAUAUAUUGAAGGUUCGUCAGCACGACUCCGACGAAACCGUCCGCUACGAGGUGGUUAUGGCCAUAGUCGAAACCGCCAAACGCGACUUUCAAAUUGUGUCGGAAUCGGAGGACCUUCUGGAGUUCGUAAAGGAGCGCACGCUAGAUAAGAAAUACAAAAUUCGCAAAGAAGCGAUGAAUGGAUUGGCCAUGAUCUACAAGAAGUAUUUGAGCGAUAGCAACGUCCCGGAAGCGACCAAGAAAGCGGUCAACUGGAUUAAGGAUAAAAUUUUGCAUGGAUACUAUAUGACCGGAAUCGAGGAUCGACUGCUGGUGGAGCGCUUGCUGAUCACCUGUUUGGUUCCGUAUCAACUUCCGGCCGAGGAUCGAAUGAAGAAGUUGUACCAACUGUUGGGAACGAUCGACGAGAAUGCGACGAAGGCGUUUAUAGAAUUGCAGAAAAAUCAGCUGAAAGUGAGACGAAGCGUUGCCGAGUGGAUCAAACUGCACCGGAUCAAGGACAUUACGCCGAACAUCCAGAAGGACAUGAAUGCCAAGUGCGCCAACAUCGCCAAGCAGCUUCCGGAACCGGUGAAGGCUGGUGAGUUCCUGCUGAAGUUCAGCGCCCAGAUGCGCAAGGAUCCCAAGCUGAUCUCCGAAAUGGAAACUAUUUUGAAACGGGACGUCACCUGCAAGGAAUGUGCCGACACUAUGGCCGUGGUCCUGAAGAAGCUGGGACAACCCAUCAUGACCAAUACGUACUACAACACGGUGAAAAUGCUGCUGGAACGGAUUGCUUCGGUCAUGGUGGACAAGCAGUCCAUUGGGAUAUUGAUUGAACUCAUCCAGGAGUGUAUGAACGGGUCGGAAGUCAUAGACGAGGUUAGCCUUCCGUCGGAAUCGGCUGGCGAGCGCGGGUUGAAGCUGUUGACCGUGCUCGCGUACGUCUUCUCCGCCCACUUCCAGCACGAGGAGAUUCUCCGUCACAUGAUCGGACUGUUGAACUUCGACGAGGAAUACGUCGCCCCUUACGUCCUGAAGGCAUUCACCUAUCUUGGCCGGUACAAACCGCUGAUCGAGUCGCACGCGGAAAUCCUGAAGGAACUCGGCCCGAUCUGUAAGGAGUUUGCCGUGGCCGGCUCGCCCAAACAGGCCAAGCAUGCGAUCCGGUGCAUGUUCGUCAACACCCAGACCAGCGAUCCCAAGGUCGAUCUCAGCGUUGACAUCUUCCCGGAAAUUGUAGAAUCUUUCAAAUUGACUCUGAACCCGGAGAACGAGCACUACCGUACGGCGAUUGUCAGCCUGGGUCACAUAGCCUACAACCUGCCGGAGAAGUUCCACGUACAAAUCAAGAACAUAAUCUCCCGGAAGAUAGUCAAGGAACUGCUGGUCAAAGAAACCUCCAACAGUCGGGAUGAGGUCCCAACGACGGACUGGUGCGACGAGGAUGACCUCCCGGAGGAAACCCGAUGCAAGGUGGAGGGAUUGAAAACGAUGGCACGGUGGCUGUUGGGUCUCAAGAAGGACGUCCUGUCGGCGCAGAAAACGUUCCGGAUGUUGAACGCUUUUAUCAGUAAGAAGGGAGAUUUGCUGGAGCAGGGCACACUCUCGUCGGCGGAAAAGUCCUGGUUGAGGUUGAGCGCCGGUAAGGCGAUGUUGAAAAUUUGCGAACAGAAAGGUGUCGGAGAUCAGUAUAUCGUCGAGCAGUUUUAUAACCUUUCGCAGCUUAUGUCUGAUCCGGUAAUCGAAGUACGAGAUAUUUUCGUGCGGAAGUUGCACAAGGGGCUGAACAAAGGUAUCCCACACAAAUGUUUGCCGCUGGAUUUCAUGGGAUAUUACGUAUUAGCAGGACGAGAAACUGACAGAAAACUCCAGCAGCAAAUAAAAUCCAAUAUAGAAACAGACGUCAACCGACGUAGGGAAUACGUCAAAACUUUUGCAACUGUCGAACGCGCCAUGAGUCAGCUUCCGCACAUUUUACCGGACUACAUGCUGGUAUUCGCUGUCACAGUAUUAACCCACGAUCCCCGGUUCACACGACACACGGAUCCGGCCCAGCUCAGGCAGAUCGAACGGUGUCUGUGGCUCAUUCUGGAACCCCUGGUUACCAACAAAGAGUUCUUCUGCUUUGGCUUCUACAAGAAUCUGAUCGAACGGAUGAAAAACCACAAAGAUGCGUUGAAACCGGACGACGCUGAAACUAAUAAUAAAAUGUGGGCUAUCUGCGAUAUAGCAUUCGGACUGAUUUUGACCAAAGUGAACACUUACGAUGGGCGGGACUUCCCCGUAGAUGCACGCAUUCCUUCCAUGUACUUCCAAGCACAGCCGGAGGAUUUCCAAAACACUAGACUUUACAUCCCGGAGGACAUGUACAACCUGACCGGGACGAGUUCCUCCAGUUCGACGAAGAAAAGCAGUCUUGCCGCAAGUAUGGCACAAGAUGCAAACUGUAUACCGUGAAGCAGGUUAUGUUUAUUCUUAAGCGAUAAUGACUAGGGUUCGACUGAGGUACUGGGGGGUUUAUUGAGCUAAUCGAGUCGGAGAAAAACAAAAACGUUGUGGAUCGACUUUUGGGGUCGAUUGGGUGGGCAGUAGUCGGCCAGGAGCAUGGAUUGCCUUGCUCUGCAAGGCUCGAUUUGCAAGGUAUACCCCUUAGACUUUGGAGAUCUCGAAAAAAUUGACGAAUAAAAACGAUUAAGCUAAAACGAAAAUAA